UGAGAUUUCUUUGUACUGAAUGAAGAGUUGAGGCGGGCUGCUCUGCUGCUGCUGCUUCUCUUUUUAUAUAAGCACACUUUGCAUGCUGUAAAUAGCCCAAUAAGCCGGUUACUCUCUCCGUCGCUCCCCUUUGUGCCGUGGAGGCGACAAGCCGCUGCCAAGAGUCCCUUCGAGCCGGUUCGGACAACAAAAGCAUCAGGUCCGGCGUGUCGCUCGUCUCUUCUUCGGGGGGAUUUCAAGUCACACAUUCAUCAGCCGGGAUUUUUCAGUGCGGAAAAGCCUCCUCCUCCUCCUCUCCAGUCACACUUCCACACACUGGGAGGUUUUCCUUUUUUUUCUCCCUCCAUUCCCCCCCAGAAACCGAGCGACCAUGGCAGCUGUAACGAGCCCGGAGACGAGCCCUCAGCCCCGGGUGUAUUUCCAGACGCCGGCCGGCACCACGGAGGAGCCGGAGACUCCGGUUCGGAAGCAGGGGCGCGUUACCGUGAAAUACGACCGAAAGGAGCUGAGGAAGAGACUGAACCUGGAGGAGUGGAUUAUCGACCAGCUAACGGACCUCUACGACUGUGAGGAGGAAGCCAUCCCAGAGCUGGAGAUAGACGUGGACGAACUGCUGGAUAUGCCCAGUGACGUUGAACGGGCAGCCAGGGUCAAGGACUUACUGGUUGACUGUUUCAAACCUACUGAGGAUUUCAUCUCAGAGCUGCUGGACAAGAUCCGAGGGAUGCAGAAGCUCUCCACGCCUCAGAAGAAAUGAUGGCGUCCCUCCUCUUCCUCCUCACCCUCCUCCUCCUCACCCAACAUAGUCCCUCCCACCUCGGUCCUCACCUCUCGUCUUCCUGCCGCUCUUUUGUUUUAAUGUCAGUUUUCUUCCAUUGAAGAUUAUGAAAUGUUACAACUGAACCUUGUUUCUGGAUUCAACCCUAGACGUCGCUUCUCUUUUUCUUUUUUGCUGUCAGUGGCCCUUGUUUGUUUGUUGUUUGUUGUCUGUUUAUUUGUUGGACUUCCUUCAUUUAAAAAAAAAAACUGUCAGCAAAGAAGAAAAGUAAAGAAUUCUUGAAUAGGCGAUUAUGGGCUUUAAUCCAGGCUCCUUCCCUUCUCUCUUUUCUCCUCCUGACUCUGCUCCGGCCAACGUUUGGCUCUGCUCCUCUUCCUCACCCGGCUCCUCUUCCUCCCCCUCCUCCCAUCUGUCUGAGGAGGAAGAGGAACUGAGAUGAAUCCCAUAAUUACCGAGAGCAGAGUGGGAAGAAGGACAAGAGAAAGAGGCGGCAGCAGCCAAAAAAAAAUGAGGAAAAGAGAAGCAGCCAAUCAGCUUAAUCAUCGCUUAAGUCUCCACCAAUGAGAUUCCUUGUGUUGUUAUUUUUAAACUUCUAAUUUUUUUUGCUGUUUCCUGGUUCUGUUUGAGGGCACGGGGUUAUUCACUUUGCUUUUAGUUUAUUUUUUGUUAUUUUCGGGGGUCAGAAUGGUCUUUUUGCUAAUUCUCCCCCCCGUAAUCAGAGGCAUUGCUGCAGUGGUGCAUUCAAAGACUUUUUUACUUUUAUUUUUUCGUGUCUGUAUGUCUGUUGAGAAAAUCUGCACUAUGUCAUUUUGGGAAGAAAAUCCGAACCUCUGACCACAAAGAAUAAUGUAUGGUUUAUCUUUAGUACAGAAAAGAGGAAAAUUUGAUGCCUGGAAACGGAAAAAAAACAAGGUUGGCUGUAGUGGUCAUACGGCCGGACCGGUUUUAGACUCUUUUUGAAGCUUGACCAGAUGUAGGUUCUCUGGACGACUAGAGUUCAAAUUUGAGAAACAAAAAAAGGUUUUUUCUUUCCUCAAAUGCGUAGUAGAGUCAGGAGAGAUCUCCUCAGAAGCCACUGCUGUCCAGCCUGCACAUACGUUCUGUAUGUCUGUGUUGCUAAAAUGCUACGUGUGUGUAUGUUGCUACAUAAUGUACAGCAACAUCUCUUGUAGGAGUGUGUUUUUUUGGGCCUGUAUAUUCUGCUGUUCUGUACGACAGAUAGGAUUUUUUAGUAUAGGACUGGUUCCUGUUUUUUUUUUUGUUGUUUUUCUCAUUUAGUCUCACACACACACUGACAGUCCGAUAGGGGGACCCAGAACAAAACAAAGCUGCCUUUUUUUAAUCAAACCCACACAUCUCCCCCUCUACUCCCAUGCCAUUUUCUAAGAAAUUAUUUUGACCACCACAUUCUUUGUUUCCGGAGCUGCCUGUCACGUCAUGUGAGCAGGAAGGGAGGCCAUUGUUUCAGAUUGAAGCUGCCUAAACGCUUCUUUUUUCCCUCCUUCUUUCCUCGGGGCGGAGGAAACGCAUUAACAGACACAGCUGCCUCCGACACAGAUGCACAUCCACACCAGGCGACAUGCAGGGAGAAAGAGAGAGAGACAGGUCCAUAGAUGUCACAAGAUCUGUGGGUUUCUUUUUUUUUCCUCCCUCCACUGCUGCUGCCAAUCAUCUCCAAGAAUAAGCCAUCUGUUUCUGAUCCUGGGCCAAUCAGAUCAGAGCCAGGAGCCCAUUGGCCGACGGGAGGAGCAGCGAUUCCUGUGACCAAUUGCGAACACCUGCAGUGACAGCAGACCUUCACUGCCUUUUCUCUCCCACACAUAAGCAUUCACACACUCCGGCCCAUUUUCAUCUUGCUGCUCUGUCAUUUCCCCUCAUUUUCUCUCCCUCCCAUCCAUUUCCAUCCUUCUCUCCACCCUCCUCUCUCUCUCUCUCUUUUUUUUUAUUAUUAAACAGAUGUUGCCUUAGGUAUUAUUUAUGUUACAAAAACCAAAUAAACAGGAGACAUUCAUUUUUUUUGAAAACUGCUAAAAAUGUGUAUUACUGAGCAGCGUGUGAAGAAUCGCUCAAACAAAAUGAGAUUCUGUUUUUUUCUUCUUUUUUUUUUUAGAAGUGAGUGUUUAAUACUUAGGCCUUGAUACAGUGAUUUUGUUUCGAUAAACAAUGUUCUUUACAUUUACCGUUUGAAUACUUGGUCUGUUUUUAUUGUGAUCAUGACACUUCUUGACGCCAGGCCUUGGAUUAACAUGUAGUUGAAACGAGAAAAAUCCAUUCAGAUACACGUUUUUUUGGUGCGAUUGCUUUUGCCUUUCCCGGUGGUGUUUCCAAAUCUGCAGUUUUUUUUUUUUUUUGUUUGUGGGUUUUUUUGGAGAUGUUCUGAUUGGUCGAAUCGCACCAGGCAAAGCUCAAUCAGUAGCUGAAUUUGAGUGGAUUUUCAUUUCUAAAUCCAGGUUUUGGAUUAUACCUUCUUAGACUGUUAUUGAGAAGUCUGUUUUUUUACUGUUGGGGAAAAUUGCAAAAAGUAAAAAAGUUUAAAAAAAAAAAAUAAUUAAAAAAAGUAUAUAUGCUGAUUAUUAUCAUUGAGGCUAAAUACAAGAGCUAAACCAUGCAGAUUGGUGGAGUGGUGGUGUGUUUUUUUGGACAAUGAUUAGAUCAAACCAACCAACAAAUGUAGCAAUAGCAACAACAGGUCUUGUUUUUGCCCAAUUUUGUUACACUUUUAUGCAACUUUAAUAAAAACAUGUAAAAUGGA